UUUUACCGACGACUCCUCGACUGUCAAUUAAAGAAGUUAUAAUCAAAAUUGAGGAGCAUCAAAAAUUAAAACCGGGAGUUGAUUUUUCUAAACAUGUUAUCAUCCGUGAAGUCAUGAGGAAACGAAUUAAAGGUGACAAACUUGCUGCGUUGCCUAAAAACAACACUGAAUAUCAAUUUGACGUUGAAAUUGGCGUGCCAUCAAUCGAAGAGGGCAUGGCGACCCCCAAAAUUGAUCAUUAUUUUAACAUAUCUCACAGAGUUUUUCAUAAGUUAAAGAUUAAAAUUAAAUUUAAUGGAUUUAGGGAAUUAACAUUGGUGAGAGACAUCGAAAUUAAGAACAGUCUGAGUCGAGAA